AUGCACAGCUCGCUGGUCAGGAGCCCGUUGUCUGCUACCUACACGGCGAACGAUUAUGACUACGCCUACGAGGACGGUUACGGCACAGACAGCGCCCUGUCCUCGGCUCGUUCAAUGCCAAUAGCUGUUUUUGCAACUGAUCAUGAGCCUACGCCUCUCCAGGUUCUCCACGAGUUCUAUGAGGCCAAUGAAGAAGCGCUGAGACCUCAAGCGCUCGAAGUAAUCCAAAAGAGCCAAGACCCGAAGACCAUUGACGAGAUAUUGAAUGGUAUGGGCGAAAAGGCGCAAACGCUUGUCAAAGGACUGCAAGCGCUAGGCCAGAUCCACCCUUGCAUAGGAGUCGCUGUCGGAGCAUUCGUCCUGGUCGUCACUUUGGAUAUGACUCGACGAGAAAAUGACCGAAAGGUGUUGGCAGUCAAGCUGCAGAUCCAUGAACUCAUGAUGGUCUUCUUCGAGCUUCGACAUGUUCGAAACUCACAUGAACAAGGGCGAGAUGGUGUCACGCUCGAAGAGCGUCUACAACCUUUGAUGCAAACCAUUGCCCAUGAUAUCAAAACGUGCGCGUCUGCUUGUGACGCAUAUCUCAAAAAGAGCUUCUUGAUGAAGACGAUAAAAUCGAGUGUUUACGAAGGCAGACUCUCGGACUUUGUGGCUGCCUUCAUUGACCACCGUCGAAAACUCGAAUUGGCGAUGUCCCUUCAUACAUCACUCGGUGUCGAUGCUGCCAACGAAAAGCUAGAUGAGCAAGGAGAUCGACUCCGAGUCAUCGAGCAGAAACUCGACAUGAUUGCGGUCUUCCGCAAACUUGACACUCCACGAGAGAAAGACGUGCUUCGGUUUCUCGAUAGCCAUGGUGGUGCGAAAGCAUGUAUUGCCAACGACGAGCACUUGGAAGAGCUCGUUACGAGGGCUGGUGAUAAUGCCAGCGUGUCUCGAAUCUCGCGGAAAGAUUCUGGGCGUCGUUCCAACGACAUCCCGGAACUAAGGAAGCGUUUAAUGAAGGAACUGCAGGAAGACAUCGAUGAUGCAUUCAACCGCAACAUGAUCCUCUUCGAGCGCAAGCUGGAGAUGCAGAACAGGCAGCUGACGGAGGCGGUACAGCAGCAGUCUAGCCAGAUCAUCACUACUUUGCUGGCAGGGGCUCACGAUCGCAUUUCAGACAAGGACCUUCAGCAAAUCUGGAAAGACAUGGGCUGGAAGGGAAGCGUCAAGGCUCGACAUUUCGUUCUCGCCCUCCACGACUACUACACAAACCAGGCAAACCAACGCUCCUCUCCAAGUGAUCGAUCCUCUUUGUCCCCUCUGCCUUCACCUGGGAUGCCUCGUUCGCCACAACCUUCCAGUGCACGGAGCCACUCAUCUUUGCUUCAGCGCCGCAGGCAAGACGACCGAUGGGCUCUUGCAUACAUCAACGCGGCUUAUGUCCAACCUAUCCUGGAGGCAGUGGAUGACGACGGAACGGGUUUCGUGAGCGUCAUGGAAGUCAACACUUUCGUGGAGUCUCGACCUGAUGGGUGGAGCCUACCCACUUGGAUUGCCUUCUGGGCUGUGGGCUGGCAAGCAAGCAUCUCGAAAUACAAGGCCAAGAUUUACGAACUCGUCCGGACCAUGUUCGAGGUUCUUGAACACGUCCUCCCAUCCAACCGACGCGCAAUAGACGAGUACCUCUUCCACCCUUCAUUCUGGAGAAUCGAACUGCUUCUCCGUUCAACGCGAUCGAUCAGCUCGACUAUCAUGUCCGAUCCUGACCUCGCGCGUGUCACAGAAGCAUAUUCGAGCAUGGAGGAAGAAAGAAUUGAAGGAAAUCUUCGAGAGGUAGGCUACGAGCUUGAUACCCCUGCGACGGUGUCGUUGGUUACUGGAGAGGGGCGAAUAGAACGUUAUGUCUAUCCAGUCUUGUAUCUCCUCCUUAAGCGUCAUCUGAAAGUUUUGAAACUCGCCUGCAAGCACGUUUUGGAUCCGGAGGAACUGGCCACUCUGAACGAAUCGCUAGUGUCGGUCCUCCUCUCCGUCGAUUACCGUAUUCAGAACCUCGAAGCCGUUUUCAAACAAACACACCUUGAUGUACAGGGACGCUUUGGUAACUUUGCCUUUGGUCUGCUCUCGUAUGGUGAUAUCAAGAGGGUUCCGAUUCAAAACUCGUUCGGUACUUGGGUUGACGAGGACGAGACAAGUGCCGCCAGUGGGACAGAACCUCUCACUAUCGCGGCAAUCAAGUCCUCCCUCAACUACAUCUCCGCCGACAUUCUCAAAUAUGGGAUUCAGGAUGCCUUCCAUGCCACCGACUAUUACGAGUUUGAGCCUCAGCGAUUGCAUGGCGUCAACCCCCUCCAGGGUACUUGGGUGGGCCAUUGUUCUCGGCGAGAGGGAGACGAGACGAUCACUUUCCUGAUGCGCCUUUCCUUCCGACUAUCACCUGACCGCAAAACCUUGCUGGGGAAAGGAGAAGACUAUUCAUCGGCAUUCACUUUUAGUGGGACUGCCUCUAGAAUCAGGACAGGGUAUGAUUUCAUCGUGGAAAUCCUCGACGAUGACGACGGGAUGUGUCGAAGCUGCAGCGGGUCUCUCAACCUCUCGACUGACACCAUCACGGCGUCAUGGACUGACCGCCGAAAGAAAGACAACCCCGACGAGGUCGAUUACCAGCCAUUUACCCUCCGAAGGACCCCUCCCAUGCUCUACAGACAUCGGUAUACAGCCUCGCAAUUUGUCGAAGACCCGGUACGCGCCCGAUGGAGCUUUGCAUGCAAUGCGAUCCUCCAUGAAGUCCAGGCGCAAAUGUGGUCCAGGAGAUUCUUUGAGGCCAAAUUUGCAGAACGCAAACGCUUUGUCGAACGUUCGACGAGGGACCUCAUCGUUUCUAUGGGAUUGACGCCUCAGAAUCCGUUAUUCAUGGCCGAAAAGCAAGAGCUGGAUUAUCUGAGAAGGGACUUGGACCCAUCCGAGGCCAGGUUCUACCACGCGCUCGCCCAGUUUGAAAUCCAGAAACUUCCGUGGCAUCCGGCAUGGGGAUGCGAUUGGUGUGAGAGACGGAUUACCAAGUGUAGAAUCCUCUGCAUCCAAUGCAUGUCGGAAGACAUGUCCGACAACAUCGAUUUGUGUGGUGUGUGUACGGAUCGCAUGCCCACAAAACGCGGGUUUAGUCACGAUGUGUCGCACCCAAUGAUCAAAGUCGAACAAACUCUUCACGACUUCCAUUUCCUUCGGAUCGUAGAAUCGGCGAAAGCGACUUUAGGAAGAAUCAAGGGGCUAUUCCGGAAUGUUGAAUCUGGGAUGAGGGAACAGGAAGCUGGUGGUGGCGACCAUGGCAGUCUGCCUACCCCAAGGAGCUCGAGAGGCAUGGAGGAAAGGGCGAAUGCAGAGGAUAUACUUGCCUGUGCUUGCUGUCAGCAGAAGGUGAAAACCCCGUGCUGGGCGUGUGUCGUAUGUGUUCGCGACACGCUAAUCUGUCACGAUUGUGAUGUCAAGAGGGCGCCUGCAGCACCUAGCGGCCCUUCACCGGGCCAUUCGACAUCUCACGCACUGGUUCGCAUACGGGAUAGCUCCAUUGUUGGGCAGAACGCGACGACAGAAGAGAAGCUGGCUGCUCUCCAACAGCGCCUCGUGAACUUGGAACACAAGGUAGCUGACGGCCUGGCGGCAAUCGACAACAAGGUGGAAGAAAAGCUCAGUCGAUUGGAGGCUCGACUAGAGCAUCGGUUGGCGACGUUCGAGGCGAAUGCAGAGCUGAGAUUCGACACCUUGGAAGCGCUGCUUCGUCAGGUCGCUGCUCAGACGUCCGCUCUGCCUUCGAUGUAUGGGGAGGUCGUUCGUGAUCAGUUGCGGACUUUGGGUUUGUUGAAGCGACCAUAA